AUGGAAUAUUACUCAUCGUUGGAUGCUUCCCAGUUGGAUUCAGAAAUACCAACACUUUUCGAACUAAUUUCAGCGAGCCAGUUGGAAUCAUUAUUAUCGCCAUCACUAAGAUAUAUAUUAGUUCAUUAUGCUAGCAAAUACCCAUAUUUAUUGCUUAAGGUUGCAAAUAACUUUGAGGAAUUGAAUUUAUUCUUUCGGACAUUCAUUGAAUGGUACUUUAUGAGCUACUGGCAGGGGUCAUUCACGGAGAAUUUUUAUGGAUUAAAGAGGGUAAGUCAAACACCAUUGUCUGACUCCAAAUACAAGAGUAGCAAAUUGACGCAAUUAGUACCUUCUAUGAUUGAAGAUAGAAGAAGUUUAAGCGGGUUACAAAGAUUUGCAUCUAUCUUUGAAAUCACGGGUGUAUCAUAUUUGAGUGAAAAGUUCAACUAUUGGUAUGAGAUUUGGUACCCGAAGUAUGUAACAAAUCAGUUGGUACCAAACGACCCUACAAACAGAGCGGAUAUCUACAGAACAGAGUUUAAAAGACGAUUUGUUAAACUAUAUCCUAUAUUGCAGAGUAUAUUCCGAACAGGUAACUUUAUCACGACCCUAUUGUACUUGAGUGGACUGAGCAAAUCACCUACGCUAUUGACCAUAUUGUUCAAAAUUAACUAUUCAAGACUUAACCAAUAUGACUACUCAAAGCAUGAACCAAAGGUUGCUUCUAAGAAGGACACGCCUAAUAAAAUCGCUCCUCCUACACUCGCUGCAUCGAUAUUUAGAAUUUUGAACAAGAACAUAACAAAACCGUCAUGGAGACUAAUAAACUUUAUUUUGGGUACAUUCUUCCCAGUAGCCAUUUUCAUGUUGAAGUUCUUAGAAUGGUACAGUAAUUCAAAUUUUGCCCUGAAAAUAGCUAAAACCCAAGGUAAUAUGCUCGACUCCUUAUUACCACCCCCUUCUUCGUUAUCUAGAAAGCGUCGUUUAGAAGAUAAGCCAAAGAAAGUUUACAAUUCUGGUAAGACGUGCCCACUAUGCAAAGACGAAAUAAGUAAUCCUGCAAUCAUCGAAACAGGUUAUGUCUUCUGCUAUUCAUGCAUAUAUAAUUAUCUUGCACAAUCACAUAAAAUAAUUUCAGAAAAGGCAAGGCUAAGGAGAGAAGAAAUGGAUAGUGAUACUGAAGAAUCUGAUAAUGAAAAAGAAGAUCAAAACGAAAAGGUCGACGCAAAUGCCACACAAGAAGAAAAGAUAACAAUUGAUGUCAACAAAGGUGGAAGAUGUCCUAUUACUGGAAAGAAGUUAUUGGGAUGUAAAUGGAAUGGGUUGAAAGAGGAAUGGGAGAUUGAAGGUAUACGUAGAUUAAUAUUCUAA